CUCCGUCGCUAGGAGAGUGGUUCCACCUAUGCUCCAGUUGCUAAGUGCGGAAACAAGACACAUCCUGUAAAUUGCACCCUAAGGUUUACCACCAUUUAUUAUAGAGACAGAUAGGAUCGGAUUCGGGUCACAGUAUCGCCGGUGGGGGCAUCUUGGACAAACAGUUUUUCUAGCCGAAGAGACCGGUUCCUGUCAACCGGCACACAGCUACGAGGAACAUGCCGCCGGCUUCCACGAUGAGGUUGUCCGAACUGGUGGACUUGUCGUUGGGCACUCCCGACAUCGGGGUGGUCAACUUCAACGCCAUGCACACGCUGUUCCACGCCAUCAUUGACCACCUCAAGAUCACAGAUGUAGAAACUAAGAUCGGCGAAGACAUCCAAAGAGAGAGGGACGCGCAGUCGACCAUGAUUUCCACGCGCGGGAGCGGCAUGAGCGGGAGCGACCUGAAAGACGGACGGGACGGUGCACUAUCCCGCUCCGGGUCAGGCCUCCCUUCCGACGGGGAGUAUGCCCAGCGAUUACACCAGCUUGAGGACAAACUCUCUUCUCAUGAGAUUCAGCUCAACAAGCUGAACGAUCUCCCGAGCAGCACAGAUCUGUUAGAGAGGACCCGGUCGGAGGGGACCAAGCCGGUGGGGGAAAUGUGGCAGCUCAUGCAGCUCCAGAGAAAAGUGGAAGCGAACGAGGCCGGUCUCACCAAGGCCAUGUCCCUGAUUGAAGACCUGAUGCGGGAAGUCAACAUGCUGAACGACAACAAAGCUAAGGUUGCCAAGGAGAUGCAGGACAUCAAGGACAGGCUAGACAAGAUGGACCUGACUUCACUAAGUGAUAGAAUCAGUGAACUGGAGAGCUAUCAGGACAAGAUGAAGAAGAUUGAUGAACUAGAGAAACAAUUGGCUGAGCUAGCAGAACAGAUCAAGAACCUGCCCUCCGCAGAGGAGUUUGAUGCCUUUGUCACAUGGCCUGUACUGGAUGAGGCACUGAGGGAAGAGCGGCAAAAAUACAUGGAGACAAAGCCGACAGAUGCUGCAGAUGAGUCUGGAGCGCUUCUAGAGCAGCUAAAGAGCAAGGACCCGUCACGCCCGCCGUCUGCCCCUCGGCCUCCGUCAUCCAGACUAAGCAGUGCAAAGGAGAAGUACCCCGAGGCACUGCAAGCACUUAAAGAAAUGGCAACGCUGUCUUUCGAGCAUGAGAAACUAUCAGAGCAAGUAGAGAAGUUAGAGGUUACCAUGCCAACCAAGGCAGACAAGAGUGAGCUGGAAAAGCUGCUUGAAGCAGCUCUGGCCAAUCAGAAGGUGGAUGUACCAGAAGACCUGUUGGAGCAGCUGGCUGCCUUGCGGGAUGCUCUGGACAUGAUGAAGAACAGCAGGGACAAGCUUGACGAGCAUUCUCGCAUCCUGGACGGGCUCAUGAACGCCCCUCCAGAGCUCCUUACCCCUCCUUCUACACCCCCUCCCAUCGAAGGCGAACCAGAGCCCUUCUCUCUCACACACACCGCCACUCCUGUCCUGCCCCCUAUAUCCCCCACCCACAGUGUAAAAGACAGAAAGAGACCAACACCGCCCCCCUCCCCAGUACGUAGGAUGUCUGACACAUCCAAACGCCCCCUCAGUCCCGCAGCCAUACUCCCCCCCUCUGGCCCCUCUAAGAAAACCCCUAGCACAGGCAAACUUGUGCAGGACCUGAACCUGCAGAUAGUGGGCCUGCGUGCCAAGGAUGCCGAGCUGGAGAGAGAAAUUAAGAGACUUAAGGAGGCUGUCAGUCAGAGAGUGAGCUUUACGGGAGUGCCUGUACAGAUGGGCGAUGAACACGAACUACAGAGCAUGACCCAGCGAUGGGAUGCAUGGUUAGGUGCAGAUACAGAGGAGACACAGCCACAGCCUGACUCAUACUUGGAUAUCUCAGCUUCCCCUGCUGAGAUUCCUCCAUCUGAGGCACAUGAUGAAAUCUUGCAAGUGUACAUAAACAAUGUUUCCGAGGAAACAAGUUCUGCUGAAAUAGUUGUUGAUGAAAAAGCUGGUUCUUUAGAUCAGGAUGGAGACAUGCUGGCUAACCUGCAGCAGAAGGUUCUGCAGCUGCUGGCAGAUGUCGAGCAGCUGAACGGAACUUCCUCCGACCUGGUCAGGAAGAGUGGAGACCUUCAGAAGAGUACUGAGUCUCUUUACAAGGUUUGCGACAAGUUGAAUGACACCAAAGCAGACAAGGACUACGUCACCAUGGAAGUUGAUGUGAAAGCAGACAAGCAGGCGCUGGAGAGCAAAGUCAGCCGACAGCAGUUUGACUCCUCCUUCAACGAGCUCAACAACCUGAUCCAGGAGCUGCUGGCUAAACUAGAUGGACAGGAUGGUCAGUGGCAGGAUGCCCUGAAGAACCUGAGCGAUGACCUGGACGGCAAGCUGGACCGGCUGGAACUGGAUCCCUUCAAGGAGUACAUCCAAGGUCAGCUGAACAAGCUGAACAGGAAGAUGGCCAAGGUCUCUGAGAUCGAGCAGCAGAAGGAACUAGACGAGGCCGCGGGCUUCAGGAAACAAAUGUUCCGGUGUAUCUCCUGUGACAGACCGGUGACUAUGACCGCUGGAGGGCCUGUCCCAGCUUUACCCAGUACCAACAGCCUACCAGUGACAGCCACACUACGACCCUACACCACAUAUGAACUGGAAAAGAUUCGACAGGAACAAAAAACUCCCAUUGUAGGAAGCGAGGACAAUGCGACCAGGUUUCAGAAAGCCAUGGCCAUGAGGAAGCUAGCUAAGCUGAAAAGGAAGAACAUCCACAUGUACAGGCUAGUUAUAAACCAGGGCAUAGACCAGAUCAUGGCCAAGCUCAUGAAGAAGCACAGACAUCGUAGCAAGGACCAACUGCUCAAGUGUCAGACAGCCAGGCUGCAACCAUUGCAGGGACCCACACUGCCAUCCCUGGCACAGCCCGCUCCACAGGACUAUGACUUAUACUUCUCCCAGCCGCGCCCCUGCGGAGGAAGCCACACGAUGACAUACCCCAACAAGAGAUUCACCAAGCUCACACCUGGCGGACAAUAUGUAGUAGAAGAGCAACCACAGGUGCAAGUUUUCCACGUCAAGGAGGAGCUUGACAUCAUUGGAGCUGACGGCCACAUCUACAAAGGUCGUGUGGAGAUCGAUGAUGGGAGACUCCCUACCCUGACACAGCAACCAAAGGGCCCAGUGUCUCCUGGUUCCCAGAGGAGACGAGUGCAGAAGCCUGGAGCUUAUUCCCCGCGCUCCGACCAGCGCCCGUCCCCGCCCGGUCGGCCCCAGUCUGCCCACGCCACGUCUCCCCGGCCCGGCUCCUCCAACCACCGCCCGCACACCGCCGGGAGUCGGUCUGUCUCCAGGACCUCCCAGACGCGAGAAGUGAUUGACGAGUCAACGGGCGAGCAGCAGCACUCUCCGCCCCCCACGAGACAAGCCACACCCGGAGACGAUAGAAGCGGAGGAGCCGGACAGACAGAAGUGUCUGCCACAGCGUAACUAACUUCACACAACUCUCCUGGGGAUACCAUAGCCACACUGUAAUAGCCACUUGCAUUUCUCAAGACAAAUUUCUCUACCUACCUGUCUCGGCAAGCUCAAUUAGAACUUUCAAAUUGGUAACCAUUAAACAAUUUUCACCACUUGAAGCUCACCUGGUUUAGUCCCAGAAGUGUACAUUGUUGUUUGUUCAAUUUAAUGUAAAGCCAGACUAAAAGACGUUUAUGUAACCAAAGUGGUCCCUUCCCCGGUUUAAGAUGUAGUAAAACUUAGCAUUUGUACAGUAUCUAAGACAGUUUGUAUUACCUGCCUGUGUCUGUACAUAUCCCAACAUGGGCCAGGGCUGAAUGCUGCUAUGCAAAAGAAGAUUCCAGUGAACGUAUUUGUGAAAUGUUUGUACAUGUAGAUGCAUUAUUUUGUGAUAAAUGUGUAAAUUCCUUUUAAAACAAGCUGAUUUCACAGCCAUGAUGUUGACUGUGCUGCUCAAGUCCUCUGUCUGUGUGCUAAUGAUUUAUAAACUAUAACAGCACUCUGUCCAGGGAUAGCCACACUGCACAAGCCAUGUAUAUGUGAAAAAAAAUGCACCAAAAAUAUAACUGCAAGUCAAAAUUCUUGAGAUGAAUUUAUGAAGAAUGAACUAUUUGUACAUAGACAAAUGCUUGAAUGUGCUUCCAAAGAUGAUUGAUGUACGAUGCAGUGGUAGAUGCACCAACAGUGUCCAGGGAUGUUGACUACAUUCUCUGGCACUGAUUUUAGUUUAGGAUUUUCAAGCCACGGCCAAUGGUCACUUGCCAUAGCACCACACUUGUGUGUACCAGUGCCUUCUGUAGAAACCAUUAGUAUUUAGGGUAUUUAUCAAGAUGAUUUUACACAACUCUGCUUUUAUGCACCUGAUAGAAGUGCAAUAUACUGAAUGUGCACCUGUCUUGUAUAUAUGUGACAGACAGAAAUUCAGUUUACAUUUUGUACAUGUAGCAACAAAGUACAGAAGGUCUUGAAUGUUAUAUUUGUAGUACCACACUUUUUAGAGGUUGCAUACUAGUGGUCAAUGUUGAAGACAAUGACUAAGGUAGUUUUUCACAAUGAGUCAUGCACAUAUUUUGUGCUGUGCAAUCACAUACGAAUGACGAGUUUGUUGGAAUGUACCUUUGAUUGUCAAGUUUUAAGUGAAACAUCUGCAGUUAGCACUUGUGUUUGACACUCUACAAGUAAGGUAAAACAAAAAAACUUUUUCAUCCAAUGCUUCAUGUCAGUUUGAAAGUUAGCCUAAAAAAUCUCACUGGAAAACAAAAAAAUCAGUUUUAAUUAAGCAAUACAUUUUGUGAUCUUAUUUUCUAUUCAGAAACUGGUCUGAUUUAAAGUAGAAAAGUCGUUAGGAUGAUUGUGUUGAUCUUGUUGCGACUGGUCUUGUAUUAUGCUGCUUGCUUGCUUUCUUCAUGUGCUUGUGCCAUUUUCAUAUUUCCCUGCUUCUGAACACUGUCAACAGAUAUGACUUGGGGAGUUAAAAAAAUGUUGAAUCUAUAAGGAAUCUGCACUUUGUAAUAUUCUAUAUUACCUGUUUGUCACUGCACUGCAAUGGGUUUGGUCGUUUCUCAGACAGAAUAAACGACACAAGUCACCUUA